AAAAUAAAGGUACAAUAUUUAUCAUUCAAAUAGCUUAAUUUAAAUGGAGAGCAGUGAUACCCGCGAGUUUAUUACCAAGAGCAUGCAUCCAAGGCUGAGUCAUGGUUAUUGCACUUACCUUAUGCUAGUAGAGAGAGGAAUGACAGUCGAGCAAGCCCAAAAGGAGCUACUUGAGUUUGCUCUUGAAAGAUUCGACGACAACGACUUCUUACUUUACUGUUUGAACUGCUACGACAAGACAUCCCAGAAGUACCUUAGUAAACUUAUCUGCCAAGAGACUCUCUUGGACCUGCUCGAAGACCCCCAAAACCUUGAGUUCAAUCCUGAAGAAGACAUCACCUUGUUAAUGGUAGCUGACACAGAGAAAGGUUUCAAUAAGUUCUGCAGUAAAGGGGAAACCGAGAAUAAAGACAUAUCACAAGAGUUUGAACACAUAGUCCCUUCGGUUAAUUUCUUACCACCAGUAAAUCCUAUUAGAGAGAAAAUUAGAAAGAUGGCUAUUGGGGAUAAGAAGAUUGAGUCUUCGACGAAAGAACGCUCCAGGAUUACUCAAACACAUAGAACGAAGGAAGUGAUUGCUAAGAAGGACCCUUCAAAGGCGGGAACUCAAGGAAAACUUAAUAUGCUCAACUUUCAAAGUAAAACAAAAAUGCCUGCUCCUAAGAACAAUGAGACAAAGAUUGGGGGUAAGAGAAAGAGAGAGGAGAUGGAGAAAAGCCAGACUAAAGAGAUUCAUGUGGUUAAGACUGAGAAAAGAAUUAAGAGCAAGGAAGUUCCUUCGAAAGUUUCCGCACAAAAAGCAAAAUUUGAUUCAAACCUUUACUCUCUAGAAGAGAGUGAUGAUGAGAAGGAUCAUAAGCAAGAGGAUCCUGUACCUGAGACAAGCAGUGAGCCUGAGGAUGUACCUAAGGAAGAUAAUGAAGAUGAAAACCGUAGAUCUGAUAAUGAAAAUGAGCAUCCAAAUAAUAUCACUGAAGAAGAAUCCAUGGAAGUCGACUCUAAGCCUAUGACAAGAACCAUAAAAACAAAAGUGCUUAAAGAAGAAAUUUAUUUUGAUGAAGAAGGGUUUGAGUGCGUUAAACAAGUGGAACAUGAAAUCGAAAAAGAGGUAGAGCUUGUCAAACCUAAAACAUCAAAUCUUGCCAAGAAGAAGCAAACUUAUAAGGCACCAAGUAAAGGACAAUCAUCACUUAAAAGAUUCUUUGGAUAA